CCACAAGAAAGGGACCUUAUAUGCAAAUACGUACACAUUAUCUCGAUCAACACUCCUCUUUCUCUCUUUCGUCUCCCCAAUUUCUUAGGGUUUCUUCGUCUUCAAAACCCUAACCCUAACUUUACAUUUGCUUCGAUCAAAACUAGAAUCGAGACCUAUCUGAUACCUCCGUCGAUUCUUCAAAUUGCGUAAUUUUCAGGGCGGUGAUCAUGGCAGCGGCGGCGGCGGCGGCGGCGACGAUGGUGAGCUCGGCUGGAGGGCUUUUGGCUAUGCUGAACGAGAGCCAUCCCUUGCUGAAGCUUCACGCUCUCUCCAAUCUCAACGCUUUUGUUGACUCCUUCUGGCCCGAGAUAUCAACUAGCGUUCCCAUCAUAGAGAGCUUAUAUGAAGAUGAGGAGUUUGAUCAAAGACAACUUGCUGCAUUGCUUGUUUCAAAGGUUUUCUAUUACUUGGGUGAACUUAAUGACUCAUUGUCAUAUGCUCUUGGUGCUGGUCCAAUGUUUGAUGUUUCUGAGGAUUCAGAUUAUGUCCAUACCCUACUGGCUAAAGCUAUUGAUGAAUAUGCCAGCGUCAAGUCAAAGGCAGCAGAGUCAAAUGAUGAAGCAGACAAAAUGGACCCUCGUUUGGAGGCAAUUGUGGAGAGAAUGUUGGAUAAGUGUAUCCUGGAUGGAAAGUAUCAACAAGCUAUCGGAAUGGCAAUUGAAUGCAGACGAUUGGAUAAGCUUGAGGAAGCAAUUAUGAAGAGUGAUAAUAUUCAUGCAACCCUAUCAUAUUGCAUUAACAUCUCUCAUUCCUUUGUUAAUCUGAGAGAAUAUCGCCAUGAGGUUCUUCGUCUUCUUGUUAAAGUAUACAAGAAGCUUCCAUCACCCGAUUAUUUGAGCAUUUGUCAAUGCCUUAUGUUCUUGGAUGAACCAGAGGGUGUUGUGAGCAUUUUGGAAACGCUCCUACGAUCUGAAAAUAAGGAUGAUGCUCUGCUGGCAUUGCAAAUAGCUUUCGAUCUUGUAGAGAAUGAGCACCAAGCUUUUCUAUUGAAUGUGAGAAAUCUGCUUUCCAGUGCCAAGUCUCAACCAUCAGAACCUGCACAGCAAGGACCUGCUGCAGCUGAGUCUGGUCAAAACAUAAUUGCUACUGCAUCUGAGGAUGUUCAAAUGACAGAUGGAACUCAAGCUUCUAAUGUGAAUGUGCAAGAAGCAGAUCCAAAAGAAGUGACCUAUGCUGAGAGGCUAACAAAAAUAAAAGGAAUUUUGUCUGGAGAGACUUCAAUACAGUUGACUCUACAAUUUUUAUACAGUCAUAACAAGUCGGAUCUUCUUAUUCUCAAGACAAUAAAGCAGUCUGUGGAGCCGAGAAAUAGUGUCUGCCACAGUGCAACAAUAUAUGCUAAUGCAAUUAUGCAUGCUGGGACAACUGUGGAUACAUUUCUCCGUGAGAAUCUGGAUUGGCUGGGCAGGGCUACUAAUUGGGCUAAAUUCAGUGCAACAGCAGGGCUAGGUGUUAUUCACAGAGGCCACCUGCAACAGGGCAGAUCGCUGAUGGCUCCUUACUUGCCACAGAGUGGGGCUGGUGGUGGUGGCAGUCCAUACUCUGAAGGCGGUGCUCUCUAUGCCCUAGGCUUGAUUCAUGCAAACCAUGGGGAGGGUAUCAAACAAUUUCUUCGUGAUAGCCUACGCAGUACCAACGUUGAGGUUAUUCAGCAUGGUGCAUGCUUGGGUCUGGGCUUGGCAGCUCUUGGAACUGCUGAUGAAGAUAUCUAUGACGACGUAAAAACUGUGCUUUAUACUGAUAGUGCCGUUGCUGGAGAAGCUGCUGGUAUCAGUAUGGGCUUACUGAUGGUUGGAACUGCAAGUGAGAAAGCCGGUGAAAUGCUUGCUUAUGCUCAUGAGACACAGCAUGAGAAAAUCAUUAGAGGUUUGGCAUUGGGGAUAGCUCUCACAGUCUAUGGAAGAGAGGAAGAGGCAGAUACACUAAUUGAGCAGAUGACUCGGGACCAAGAUCCUAUUCUACGUUAUGGUGGUAUGUAUGCGUUGGCAUUGGCAUACAGUGGAACUGCAAACAAUAAGGCCAUCCGUCAGCUGCUGCAUUUUGCGGUAUCAGAUGUAAGUGACGAUGUCAGGAGGACGGCUGUUCUAGCUCUUGGGUUUGUCUUGUACUCUGAACCAGAACAGACUCCUCGCAUUGUAUCCCUUCUGUCCGAGUCUUACAACCCACAUGUUCGGUAUGGAGCGGCACUUGCAGUAGGCAUCUCCUGUGCGGGUACUGGCUUGAGUGAGGCCAUAUCUUUGCUAGAGCCUCUAACAUCAGAUGUAGUUGAUUUUGUUCGUCAAGGUGCUUUAAUUGCUAUGGCUAUGGUGAUGGUUCAGAUCAGUGAAGCUAGUGAUUCUCGUGUUGGAGCAUUCAGGCGACAGUUGGAGAAAAUAAUUUUGGAUAAGCAUGAAGACACCAUGAGCAAGAUGGGAGCAAUUUUGGCCUCUGGAAUACUUGAUGCUGGUGGAAGGAAUGUGACAAUAAAGUUGCUUUCCAAGACAAAACACGAUAAAAUCACUGCAGUUGUUGGUCUUGCUGUUUUCAGCCAGUUUUGGUAUUGGUAUCCCCUUAUCUAUUUCAUUAGCUUGUCAUUUUCACCCACGGCCUUUAUUGGGCUGAAUUAUGACUUGAAAGUUCCAAGAUUUGAGUUCUUAUCACAUGCAAAACCAUCACUGUUUGAGUAUCCUCGGCCGACUUCUGCACCUACUACUACCUCAGCUGCGAAACUUCCUACUGCAGUUUUAUCAACAUCUGCAAAAGCCAAGGCUAGGGCUACUAAAAAAGAGGCAGAUCAGAAAGGUAUCACUGAAAAGUCAUCUGGGGCAGAGUUGUCUUCUGCUGGCUCAAAUACUGGAAAAGGGAAAUCCUCCGGUGAUAAGGAUGGAGACUCUAUGCAGGUCGAUAGUCUCACAGAGAAAAAGGCAGAGCCUGAAUCAUCUUUUGAAAUUUUGACUAACCCUGCCAGGGUGGUUCCUGCUCAGGAGAAGUUCAUUAAAUUUCUGGAAGAUAGCAGAUACGCGCCAGUGAAGUUAGCGCCUUCAGGAUUUUCUCUAUUGAAAGACCUACGUCCAACUGAACCCGAAGUGUUGUCUCUCACUGAUGCGCCCUCAUCAACUGCAGCAGCUGCUGCUGCUGGUGGAUCGACAACCGGACAACAGGGCUCAGCUUCAGCCAUGGCUGUUGACGAGGAGCCUCAACCUCCUCAGCCGUUUGAAUACACCUCGUGAUUUUGGUCUUCCAACUAAAUACUUUGCUUGGGCAGAGUGUGAGUUCGAGGGUAGUGAUGUAGAGAAAGAAACUGGUCUGGACAACUACUCAUUAUCCUGUGAUGUUAUGGCCAACUUCUGGCGAUUCUGCAGGCAUUUCUAAUCUCUUGGUCAUUGUGGAUUAUCGUUAUGCUCUUCAAUUUAUACAUUUAGAAAUGGAGAUGAAAGGGAAAUGCAUACUGCAAUUUGCCUGUAACUUUGGAAACUGCUCAUCAUGUCUGGUGCUGAACUAGUUAAAUGCCUGGGCUGUUGCAACUGUAGCUUCACUCAUUUACUCUCCCAUUGAAGAAAAAAAAAAUUGUGAACUUGCUAAAUUUUUAUUUUAGUUUUAAGAAGCCUGUAUUUAAUCAACAUUCUUGAGCUAGAUAUGUUAUUUUCUUGUUUGUUCUCUUUGA